UAAGAAUGCGAAGCUGGCACCGGCCUGCCACACCAGCCUCUAAUUCCAUUUAAUGAUAAUCCCCUGCUCUGUUACUUGGACGGGUCGCGCUCCUACCUGGCUGCCGAAAAAAUCACUGAUCAUGUCGAACACCUCGGUACUUCGAACAUGACGUACGUUAUGGAGCAUGAGCGUAGGUAUGUGUGCGUGUGUGGGUCCGCUUAUAGAGAGAAUCGUAUUCGAAUUCCAGGGAACUUGCAACUACCACCGCCUGUUUGUGAGCGUUCUCGCCGGUGCGUGAAUAUCAACACACAAUCCGCUAGCGCUUUUUGGAGUUUCGUUAAUGAUGGUUUUUUGGCUGUUGGGCCUUUGUGAAUAAAUAUGGGUUGAAGCCACUGUUGGCUCAUCAUUAGCGUUUUGAUUUCAAACGAAGCGGUUGUGGAUAGCCGACCUCCGAUUGAAUUGUGUGACUUGUGUGUAAAGGAUACGCCGUGACUUGCUGUGGCAUCAGUUGUGCGAAAGUUGUGAUACGUUUUGUUUUUGUCAAUUUCUCUUUGCACGGUGCGGAGUAAAAUGAAGACACCGAGACAGAUAUCGUCGUUAAUACUUGCUCUAUGUGUCCUGCAAUGGCCAUCGAUGCUAGUGAACUCGGCUUCGACUGCCGUCUCCAGCCAACUUUCGUAUGGCCAAAGCAGUGGCAGUGAUCAAAAGGAUGCUUCAUCUUCGGGACUUCUGGGUGCAAUGUAUAGAAAAUCUCGCCAAUCGCGUUGUGUGACGUGUUACGACGACAGAUAUGACGAUCGCCGCCCGUACGGUGGCUACUCACGUUCUGGGGAUGAUCGUCCGGCUAGUUGGUACUAUCCCCGCAAUGACCGCUAUGAGGAUCGCUAUCGGGACCGUGACGUUGCCGACUACGAUCGCUACAGUUAUGAUCGGUAUGAAACAAGAGGCUACAGGCGUGGUUCGUACGGCGGCGAGAGUCGGGGCUACGGCUAUGACAAUCGCGACGACUACGAUCGCCGCUAUGGUGGCUAUAGCGGAUACAGCGAAAAGCGUGGCUACGGUCGGGGAGAGAUGAGGGGAUAUGGAUAUGAUAGUCGUGAUCGUUAUUAUGGUUCUGAUCGGGGAGCUGAUUAUCCACGUGGUGCUGACUAUCCGCGUGAUCGCAUCUACGAUCGUCCACGCUACGGAACCGGUUACGGAUCUCAUGGCUACGAUCGUGACUACUAUGAUCGCUACUCUCCAAGGUAUGGUUUUCGCAAUUAUCGCCCGGUGGAUGACACAUACAGGACGCAGACAGGAUACGACAAAUCCGCUGGAUCCGGUUACUAUUAUGCCAAGGGUAGCAAGGAGGAUCGACGUUAUCUGCCUGAACCCACCUACGACAGCCGAUAUCCUUGUGGCGUGCAAAAACCCAAUUGUCCUUAUGCUCCGCAAGAUGCUGGCACUCGCGUCACAUCAGGCCCCAUCGACAGCAGCCACCACCCAAUGGGUACCACCCAUUCCAUAUACAACCCCGGUGCAAAUCGCAACGACAGUUCACGGGGGCCGGGUGCCGGUUGGUCUUACAUGAGGGAGGAGGAAUCAGACCGUCAACCGGCUCGUGCUGGCAAUGGCAACAGUGGUAACAAUGGUGGCGAGUCUGGUAAUGGUACAGGUAACAGGGACAGGGACAGGAAUCGGGACCAGCAGAGAUCUCUCCUUUCUCCCCUUGUAGCCCUGCCUACGGUGCCCUAUUAGAUCGCGGAUCAAACCUCAUUGCCGUUGAACCAGCGAAAUCGAACGAAGAUGGCCAGGAGAACAGUGACCAGUCCAAGUCGACCUCUUCAUCCCCCUCGGCGGCGUCGACGGAUGACAACGGCCAGCCCAACACCAAUGGACAGAAC